AUGUCUGAAGAAAUAUCUUUAUCAUUAGAAGAAACAAAUAAACUACGAAUUAAUGCAGGAUUACCACCUAUACCAACACCCCAACCUAAUAAUGAUGCAGAAGAAGAAGAUAAAGUGAUAUCUUUAUCAAUUGAAGAAACCAAUAAAUUACGACAACAAAUUGGAUUACCUUUACUACCAAUAACUACAAUUACAAAUUUAUUUGGUGAUGAUAUUGAAUAUAAAAAUUAUGAAAAUUAUGAAAAGAAACAAUUACAAGAAUUAGAAAAUAAUCAAUUAUUAGAAAGAAUUAAUAAUGCAAAAUUUAAUACCAAUAAACGGAAAUUUUUAACUAAUAAUACUUUAAUUGAUGAUAAUGAUAAUGAAAAAGAUUUAGAUUUAGAUUUAGAUACAGAUGAUUGGUUAAAUAAUUUAGGCAAAACUGAUUCUAUUCCUAAACUGAGCAAGAACAAGAAACAGAAAGUAGUAACUGGUAUUGCUAAGCCAAACAAAUAUAAUGAAAGUUCUGAAAUUAUUAUUGGUCAUAGUAUUAAAGAAUUACGAUCACUUGGUAAUAAUGAAAUUUUAACAUUGAAAGAUAGUAAUAUAUUAAAUGAUGAAGAAAGAGAAAGAGAAAGAGAAAGAGAAAGAGAACCGGAAGAUAUUUUAAUUAAUCAAGAUUUAUCUAAUAAGGCAACAUUAAAAAGAAAUUUAACAGAAAGGAAAGAAGCAGAGAAUAUUAAAUUUAAUGGGAGACAUUAUAGAAGGAAUAAUAACGACAACGACAACGAAGAAGAAGAGAAAGAAGAAGAGGAAGAAGAUUUUGAUGACAAUGGAUUGUUGAUUAAUGAUAAAGUGAUAAUGAGUGGAUCUACUAUUGAUUUAUCUAAGCCCAUUGUAUCAGUAAAAGAUAAAAAGAAGAAUAUGAUGACAAUUACUAAUUUAUUUGAAGAUCUUGAUAAUGAUGAUGAUGAUGACAACAAUGUCAAAUCAAAUGUACCUAUAAAAAUGAAAAAAAUAAAGAAAAAGAAAGAUAAUAUUAAAAAGAAGUUAACUAAAUAUAAGUUAUUAGAUGUUACUAUAAAACCAAAUAACAAUGAUGAUAAUGACAACAAUGAUAAUAUUGAUGAUGAUAUUGAUGAUAUUGAAAAUCAAUUAUCUAAUAGUAUAUCUAGUUUAAGAACCAAAAAAUUACAAACUAGAUCAGAAUUUACUCCAGAACAAUUAGCUGAAGAAAUAUCUACUAAUAAACGAUGGGAAUUUGAAAAGAAUUUAGAACAAGAAAAUUUGAAAAAUAAUGUAUUAUAUAAUGAUACAAUAGGAUUUUUAAAUAAUUUGGAGAGUAAUAUUUUAAGUGAAUCAGGUGAAGUUGAAAUGAUUACCAACACUAAUGAAAGUGAUAAUGAACAACAAGAACAAGAACAAGAACAAGACCACGCACAAGAACAAGACCACUCACAAGAACAAGAUUUGAAGCAAAUUAUUGAUAAAUUGGAUUCUAAUGUUGUUGAAGAGAAACAAAAAAAUGAUGAAAUACCAAAAUUUAAUGGUGGAUUAGCUGAAACUUUGAAAUUUUUGAAAUCUCAUAAUAUAUUUGAAUCAACAAGAGGAAUAAGUACCAUAACUAAUCAAGAAUUGAGACAACAAGAAUUAGCAAGAGAAGAAGUAAUUAAAAAAUCAGAAUUAUUAAAGAUGAAAAUAUCAAUUGAAGAAAGAAUAUUAAAAGAAGAAUUAAAUAAAGAUAAAUCAUAUAUUCGAAUGCCUAAAAUUGAACGAUCAAGAUAUUUUGAAAAAUUAUUAGAUAUUAGAUUAAAACAAAAAGGAAUAAUCAUUGAUAAUGAUAAUAAUAAUAAGAGAAAUCUGUCAGGGAUGGUACAAAAUAAUUUAAAAAUAUAUAAUCCUAAAGUUGAAUUAACUUAUAAAGAUGAAUUAGGUAAUGUAUUAAAUACUAAACAAGCAUAUAAACAAUUAUCUCAUAAAUAUCAUGGAACAGGAUUAGAUAAAACUAAAAAGAAACAAGAACAAAUGAAGAAGAAGAAAAUGCAAAAGGGUAAAAAUUCAACAACAACAACAACAACAACAACGGUUACAGAAAGAAUUAUCAACUAA